UGCUCCCUGAACUUGUAAUUAUGCUUCAACAAUUUAAGGUUCCAACCAGUUCUCCAAACUGCAAGCUGCAUUCAACCCUCACAGCUUGUCAUACUCGAAAUGAAUCGAUAGCGACCGGUCUCCUUUGACGUCUUUGUAUAUUUUGGUACAACGUCGCCGCACUCACGACAAUAAUGUCGCUCUCUCCCUACAUCAACAAGAAAGUCUGCGUCAUCACCGUCGACGGCCGCACCCUAAUCGGCGUCCUCUUCUCCUGCGACCAACAGACGAACCUCGUCCUACAAGAGACCGUUGAGCGCGUCAUCCGACCCGCCGACGACCCGGAGCCCAGCUCAGAAGUCGAGCAUGGGCUAUAUCUCAUCAGAGGCGACAAUGUCGUGAUAUGCGGGCUCGUGGACGAUGAGAUCGAUUCGAAGAUCGAUUGGACGGCGGUGCGGGGCGAUGUCAUUGGGACGACGAAGCAUAGUUGAGGGCCGAGGGGGAUUUGGAUCGUUCUUGAAAACGCAGGAGCAAGGAGCUUGCGCGGUGCACGACGAUGAUUGAGCUGGCCGAGGUGAGCAAGGUGGAAACGUCGGGCUCAGUUACGUUGAAGAUGCAGAUAGAAUCAGAAGCUGAUCAUGUGGAUCCUGUGCUCCAAGGGAUAUCUCAUGUGUCGAGGAGAUGUGUAUCGAUUAUUACGAGCAAGUUGGGUAUAUAUAUCCUAGGUCGCCGUCAUUCCAAAUGGCAAAGAGACAGAUAUUGGCUCCGAUCAAUGCACCUAGACUUGGGGAUGGGAAAUGUGAGAGUCCGAGUUGGUCCGCAGUAACUCGGAUAUAUCCUCCGUCGGGUCUGCAAAGGCGCGUCGCU